CUACACUCAGACGGCGGACACACAAUGGUAUAGGUGUGGUUUGGUUUUCUCGUCUUAUGUUAUGUUGUCGUUCGCACAUGGAUACUUGUUAAAUUACCAUGUCUAGCUCAAGCUACAGACAACAAGGCAAGGUUAAGUUAAGAAUAACGAUACUAUGUGCCAAGAACUUGACCAAAAAGGAUUUCUUCCGUCUGCCGGACCCGUUUGUGCGGAUCUCCGUGGAUGGAACUGGUCAGGUGCACAACACAGAAACAUGCAAAAACAGUAUGGACCCCAAGUGGAACCAGCAUUACGACCUGUACGUGGGCCGGAGCGACUCGAUCACGAUCAGCGUGUGGAACCACAAGAAGAUCCACAAGCGGGCCGGCGCGGGUUUCCUCGGCUGCGUUCGCAUCACGUCCAACGCGCUGCAGCGACUCAAGGACACCGGAUACCAACGACUAGACUUAUGUAAGAAGCAACUGAAUGACCCUGACCCGGUUAGAGGUCAGGUUGUCGUCAGCAUCAUGUCGCGGGAUCGUGGCUCCUCUGAUAGAAACGCGGUGACGGAUUCUAUGGGCAACCUUGCAUACUCGAUGGAUCCGAACGAGUUGCCAGAAGGGUGGGAAGAGAGAAGGACGCUAAACGGAAGGGUGCAGUACUUAAACCAUGUAACACGCAGUGUGCAGUGGGAGCGGCCGACCAGGCCGGCAGCAGAAUCGGUAGCUGUUCAGCCACAGGCGGUGCUGCCGAACAAUAAUUCGGUCAGCAACCUCUCUGGCGGCCAGCAGGAGGCGCCUCCGUCGCGGCCGCUCAGUACGAUCAGCAGCAGCAAUCAGGUCGCGUUGAGCGCCACCACCGUCGCUGAGGUUCACGUCACCGUGGCGCCCCCUGCGACGUCAAACAGCUCGAGCGGUGUGCAUCUGUCGCGCCGCGCUGCGACGCCGGCGGCGGCCGCUACCACGGCGAGCGAACCCGCCACGAGGACUCCCAGCUGUACCGCAGCGCCACCUAGCAGCGUUCAGAGACCUUCCUACAUGUCGCCCAAUAACGCUUCGACGAGUGCAAUCUCCGGCGGCAGCAGCAGUGCAGUGGUGGUGCGUGGCGGUAGCAGCGGCACGGCCGUUACCACGACGAUGGUAACCGUGGCGCCCGUCAACAGUGGUGCGGUUUCGGUGAGCUCGAACAAUGCGACUGUGCCCGGCAGUGCGACUGUGCCCAGUAGUGCGAGUGUGCCCAUUAGUGCGACGGUGCCCAAUAGGACGAGUGUGCCAGUAAGUGCGACGGUGCCCAAUAGGACGAGUGUGCCAGUUAGUGCGACGGUGCCCAAUAGGACGAGUGUGCCAGUAAGUGCGACGGUGUCCAAUAGGACGAGUGUGCCAGUUAGUGCGACGGUGCCCAAUAGGCCGACUGUGCCCAGUAGUGUGCCGGUGCCCAAUAGGACGAGUGUGCCAGUUAGUGCGACGGUGUCCAAUAGGCCGAGUGUGCCAGUUAGUGCGACGGUGCCCAAUAGGACGAGUGUGCCAGUUAGUGCGACGGUGUCCAAUAGGCCGAGUGUGCCAGUUAGUGCGACGGUGCCCAAUAGGACGAGUGUGCCAGUUAGUGCGACGGUGUCCAAUAGGCCGAGUGUGCCAGUUAGUGCGACGGUGCCCAAUAGGACGAGUGUGCCAGUUAGUGCGACGUUUGGAUUACUUGGCUUGGAUUUUCUAGAACAAAGAACUACGAAUCAAGGACAGGUUUAUUUCCUACACGUUGCAACGGGUGUCAGUACCUGGCAUGAUCCUAGAGUACCACGGGACGUUGGUUCUAUCAGUGAGAAUGACCUUGGCCCGAUGCCACCGGGAUGGGAAGUCAGAUACACAGCAAACGGUCGCAAGUAUUACGUCGACCACAACAACCGAACAACGCAGUUCACCGACCCUCGACUGAGUUCAAAUAUUCACAUCAUACGCAACAGCAAGGAUAAGGACAAGGAGAAUGACUCGCCUGUUCCCAAGUACAAGCGAGACUUGGUACAGAAGCUGAAGAAUCUAAGGGCAGAAUUGCAGAGUUUGCAGCCACAAACCGGCCACUGCAGGAUAGAGGUCUCGCGCGAGGAAAUCUUUGAGGAAUCGUACAGGCAGAUCAUGAAGAUGCGUCCGAAGGACCUGCGCAAGCGACUCAUGAUCAAGUUCAAAUCGGAAGAAGGGCUAGACUAUGGCGGAAUCGCCAGGGAGUGGCUGUAUCUGCUGUCGCAUGAGAUGCUCAACCCAUACUACGGGCUGUUCCAGUACUCACGCGACGACAUCUACACCCUGCAGAUUAAUACGGACUCCGCCAUUAACCCAGAGCAUCUCUCCUACUUCCACUUUGUGGGCCGCGUGAUUGGCAUGGCCGUGUUCCACGCGCACUACAUCGACGGCGGCUUCACGCUGCCCUUCUACAAGCAGCUACUCAACAAACCCAUCACGCUAGACGACAUCGAGGAGGUGGAUCCGGAUCUGUACAGGAGCAUGAUCUGGAUUCUCGAGAACGACAUAUCAGAUGUGAUGGACCACACUUUCACUGUGAUGCAGGACUCGUUCGGCGAGCUGCAAGUCUACGAGCUGAAACCAGAGGGCAGCAGCGUUGCCGUCACCGAAGAAAACAAGAAGGAAUAUGUCAGACUGUACGUGAACUGGAGAUACAUGCGAGGAAUUGAGGCGCAGUUCCUGGCCUUGCAGAAAGGUUACAACGAGCUUAUACCACAGCACUUCCUAAAGUCCUUUGAUGAGAAAGAACUGGAGCUCGUGAUCAGUGGGCUGGGAAAGAUCGACCUUGACGACUGGAAGGUCAACACGCGUCUAAAGCACUGCACGCCGGACUCUGGCAUCGUACAGUGGUUUUGGAAGAUGGUGGAGUCAUACAGCGAUGAGCAGAAAGCCAGGCUACUGCAAUUUGUCACGGGCAGCUCCCGGGUUCCCAUUCAGGGAUUCAAGGCUCUGCAAGGUUCAACAGGAGCGGCAGGUCCUCGACUGUUCACCAUUCACCAGAUUGACGCGAGCAGCAACAACUUGCCGAAGGCUCACACAUGCUUCAACAGAAUCGACAUACCUCCAUAUGAGACAUACGACAAACUGUACGAGAAGAUCACCUGCGCUGUCGAAGAGACGUGCGGGUUCACUGUUGAGUAGUGGCGACACCUGGCGAUGACACUGCAAAAACACGAAGACGGUAUAACGAAAUGGCUUUUGGAGGCAUAGCGGCUCCCAAGUUGUUGACCAUGACAAUUCGUGUUCGUCUCACGAGUUUAGCAAGCUAAGGGAAUUGCUACACCAAUCUAAAGAGGCAAUGCCUUGGUGUGGACGGCCUGUUACGUCUACCAGCACACUUACUGUACCAUUUGUAAAUAUAAGUUUGCAGAUAUAGUAAGCUGUGAUAUCGGCAAUGGCAGUCACAGGCGUGUAUGUAGCCAGUGGUUGUGGGUACACAAUAAAUAUGAAGUUUGGUGGCAGCACUAUGUAGUUGUGAAUAAAAUAGUUCGUGGGAACCGUAAAAACGUCAACCGAUAUGAUGUGAGCUUAUAGGGUGAGCAACGUGACCGUUGUAAAGUCGUUAACUGUGCAUGCUAGUAGGGCGUUUUGACAGCUCUAACGUUGUUAGCUGGCAGAAAUACUGUGUCAUGUAAUGUGUAUGUGUUUGUAAAUGCAUACAUUGUUUGAUGAAUUGUUUUCUAUUGUCAUGGCUAUUAUGUUUAUUAUGGCCUCACUUACAGCAUUUCUGCAAUAUUUGUAAAUACUAUAACGGUCUUUGAUCGUGGCUGUUUCAGCAUUGUAAAUAACUCAUAACUUUAUGUGCUAAGUGAGAUUUGGCAUACAUACAUAUAUGUGUGCGUUUGCGUGGGCGUGUGCGUGUGUGUGUUACAUUUCAACGUCUCUAGCUUAGACUGGGCAUGUACCAUUCACUGAAUGCUAUUCGGUGUUAGUUUGCAGGGUCAGUGUUCAUUUUUAAAAACUGAUAUUCAAUUUGAUUUGGCUACAGAUUGUUGUUGCAGUGGACUGUUACAGCUGUAUGAUCUGAUUUGCCAGGUUAACUAGCAUUAGGUGCUACUUAUAUAGUGUAGAUACAUAAUGAACAAGUGCAUAAUAUAAUCAUUCAUUAUUUAUAUUCAUUCACGAUGCGAAUUAAUUCUUGCAAUUAGAAUUAAAAUGCUUUUGAUGAUUUUCAAUUGACAUUUGUAAUAUAUAGUUAAUGUAAGAGCACUGUCCAGUAUCUUUCGAUUUGAAUGUAAUGCGAGAAUUACACAUUAAUAUUCCGUUGUUCAUCUAUUGAUUGAGCAAGCUUUCAGUCUUGGCUAGAAAUUAGAUUAGCAAAUACUUGCAGAUAUGUAAAAUUACAGUUUGUUAGUUAAAACAGCAUGAUGAUAGAGAUAAAACUGUGAGCAAGUUAAAUAACAUUUGAGCUAUUUCUAUAGUAAAUCUCGCGUUGCUCUGCCAAUAUAACUAUAACGAUUGCAAUGGACGAUCUGGUGCAUGAAUACUUGGAUCUGUUGGUCGGAUUUUGUGCGGCAUUAAAGAGGAAUGAAGUAACCUGCUAACUGUUGUCAUAGGUCAUCAUCAUCAUAUCACAGCUAUUAACACGUAUACGCUGUAUUUCACUGCUCAUGCGCAUGCUUACUAGAACAAGCAAACAAACUGGGGAAAGGAAUGAAGAGAGAUAGGGAAAAACAAUCUGUGAGGGUCUAGCUACAAUGCUCAGAUCAGGGGUGGGUCAGCUCGUUCAGCGGUGGUAUGAAUAUGUGCAUAUAAUUGUGCUGAGCUGAGUUGUCGUGAACAGUGAAAUCUAUCUCUUAUACGUCAUAAUUUUAUAGUAAAUAGGAAGUGGUCUGUAGAUAUGGAAUUUGAAAUGAAUACAGCCUUGCGACGUCAUAAAUAACUUCAGUAAUAUAAGGUUUGUGUAUGUGCUUAUACGCAUGUCAACGAGCAGAUUUGAAUCAGAGUGAGUACGAUGUUGCUGUUAUCUUGUUCUCUGAUGCAUAUCAUUUUGGUCAAUUAAAUUAUUGUUUCAAUUUAAUUAUGAUAAGUAUAAGCAUUUAGUUCUCAUGGUUGUCAGAGACUGAUCCUUGAACUGAUAGUCUGUUCCCACCCUUGGCGUUUGUAUGUUGUAUUUUGUACAUAGAACGUUAGCAUUUGUUAUUAAAUAAAUGUCACAGAAUGAA